AAUUUUGUCCAGUUUUGUUUAUUUUAUCAUUUACCUAGUUGUUUGCACAGCAAGUCCCUACCUGUUUUGAGCUAUGAUAAGCUUUAGUUAAUUCCAUUUAGAUGAGCUUUACCUGCAAUAAUAGAGUAAGAGGGGUGUUGCAUUGCAUAGAAGGUCCGAGCCAACCAGACCAAACUCCCCUGAACCAGACCACCAGCAAAAACCCGUUCACCUCACAGGUUGCGUUGCGAUCCGGUGAUGGAAGGCCUCAUCCCGCUGCUCUACAAGGCCAUCAAGGACCGGCGGAGCAACGCCGGCGGCGGUGGGCGAUCCUACCGCAGCGGAGGUGCCCUCCUCUCCUCCGCGCCCGUGGACCUGGACGACCCCGAGCAGAGGAGGCGGUGGCUGCAGCAGGAGCUGCGGUCCCCGGUGCACGCGGGCCACACCCACACGGCGAGGGCGGCGGCGGCGGCGGCGGCGGCGGCGGCGGCCGAGGGGUCGCCGCUGCACCGGCGGAACCUGUCGCUGGAGGAGCUGGCGGGCGAGGUGGGGCUCUCGCCCGACCGGCGGCUCCGGGUGCCGCUGCCCAAGGCCAGGAGCGUCCGCGCCUUCGCCUGCAUCGGCGCCGCCUGAUUGCCGCCCCCAACCGAGCGCGCGCGCGGGCGUAGGCGUACGUUAGGGUCGGUCGUUCACGAGCAUGGCAAGGUCACUCAUCAAGCUGUAUGUGUACAUACAUAUGUGUCGUUAUUUGAUUUUGAUCGUGUUGGAGAACUCGAGAUUGUAUAAUAUGCCAUGCUAGCUAGUGCAAGGUUUGUUUUGACGUUCUUGAUGGGAGCAGCUGGCAGCGGGUGAUCUUUUCGCGAUUCUUUCUCAUCAGUUGCUAGCAAUAAUAAUUGCUUACAGAUGGCAACUUUUGUCCAGCUUCCUUCCAUUCGAAUUGAAGCGAUCGCCUGGCAAAGUUUGCGCAACAAACAGCUUUGCAAAUAUGUCUUCACUGAGCACACCGAUCUCGAUUAUCGACCGUGUAUGAAUAAACAACGAUUUCUUCUA